CCUAUGUUGCAACACCACAUGGCUGAUCAAGAGAUUAAAGAAGACGAGCUAGAACAUGAGAAAACAAUCAUGAGUGGCCUUCUAAUGACUGAAGAGGUAGCAGAACCUGUCUCCCAACAAGUAGUGUUGAAUGGGAGAGAGACACCAUUCACGAUACAUGGCUACAGCGUCGACAUCCAUCCAAGCCCUGCUUCUAGUCUAGACUCUGGGGCAGCUGGAAGUAGCAAGGUUCAGAUCACAACAAUAACCAAUCAAAACUGGCAGCUGCCGAAAAGUCGAGGGACCAUCGUCGCUAGCAACGACCAGUACCUGGCGUACGUGCUUGAGGGGAAGAGUGGCUAUGUCCUGCGCGUACUUCAACCAGAGACGAGCAAUAGAGCUCUUCUCAAAGGUUUCGUGGGUGGUGUGUUGGACGUGGCGUUUGCUCACCGCGGAUCUAGUCUACUGGCUGCUGUGGACGAGGGCGGUAACGUGUACGUGUGGGACUUGAGCAGAGUCGAGGAGAUCACCAAGGCUCCCACUGAUGCACUGUGUGUGGUCUUACAGCGAGGCUACGAGUCAGAUAAUACCCCCCACAGACUAGUGUGGAGCCCCCACGUGGGGGUCGAGGAGGGGGAGGAGUGUCUGGUCGUCUCUCACGCCUUAGAUGUGGAGAUCAUUGACGUCCGUGCUGUCAUAGCCACUGUGCCCUCAGGCAUGAAGAUAGCCAGCAAUAAACUGGAGAAGGGCAUCACGACAUUGCCAGCAGUACAUUCUCUGGAUGUAACUGACUUGUCCUUGUCCCCUGAUGGGCAAGUGCUGGCCACCUGUGGAGAAGAUGGGCUCCUCAAAUUCUGGAGUCUCUCAGAGAAACGCUGUCUGCACGAGCUCAACCCUCACCAAGGUCGUCUUGUCACCAGACUGAUAUUCUGUGACAACCACAUCUCACAAGACCCUUCCAACCAGUUCUGGCGGUUCCUCCUCACUGUCUCGGGCACUGAGCUCAAGCUGUGGUGCACUGUGUCUUGGAAGUGUCUUCAGACCAUCCGAUUCUGUACAACUCCCUCUGGGUCUACCCCACACAUACUGUUGAACCUUGACCUCUCAGCUUCAUACCUUGUGGUCACUGAUGCCAUGCGAGCAGCAGUGUAUGUGAUGCAGCUGGUUGCCGAUGACAGUACUGGAACAGCUUCACUGACCUCACUUACUGAGUACCUGUUAAAGCAACCUAUCUUCAGUUUCAUCGUUCCUGGUCACGCCUCUAUGUUGAGCGUAGAUGUGGGUGUGGCUUCCAGUGAUAGCGAGGAUGAGGAUGACGAGAGCCCUCAGAGAGACACUAGACUCAACACAGUGGGCAUCAAACUCCACACAGUGCACAGCAAAUCCAUGCAAGAGUUGGAGAUAAAGUUUGAGCCUCCUGAUUUGACAGGUGUGCCCCCUCCUGACGAGCCGGUGGGUGUGGCUGAUCCCCUCCUCCCCACCACCCAGCCAGUGGGUGUGGCUGAUCCCCUCCUCCCCACCACCCAGCCAGUGGGUGUGGCUGAUCCCCUCCUCCCCACCACCCAGCCAGUGGGUGAAGCUGAUCCCCUCCUCCCCACCACCCAGCCAUUGGGUGUGGCUGAUCCCCUCCGCCCCACCACCCAACCGUCCUCUCUCCCAACAUUUGGUGCUCACUCUGACUUGUCCACCUCCUUCCAUUCAUUGACUGACACUGGUUCUCCGAAGCUGCUCACACCAGCACAGUUCCUCUCACCCAACAAGUCUGACCUCCUCCUACCAAGUCCACGCGACUUUGAGACCACACCCUCAAAACAUUCAACAAGUGAUCUUACCUCUGUCACCAUGGAAACAUUGUCUGCAGACGAAGCACAAUCGAAGCACACUGAAAUGAACUCUGACCUUUCAAAUCGUCAGGACGACACUUUGUUACCAGAAAUUAAUAACGCUCCAUUAGAGAAAUCAGUCUAUUAUUUAGGAUCAGACGAUGGAUCGCCCAAUGAGGUGUCAACUCAUAUGCCACACCCACUUAUGUCCGCCCACUCACAGGAAGUUGACCCCGCCUCCUCUGAAUUCGUGAACCUUCCCAAGAGCGUAGUGGAGGUUAUAAAUGACGGAACGAUUGUUACAGCCUCUCCAAUGACAACACCUGCGGAAAACCUCGCCAGCUUCCAAAAGGUUAACUCACUGGGGGAUUCCCCCUCACCAGAACCAGAUGCAGUUGAAGAAGAAGGGGAGUGGCCUAAUAUUGGACAGCAUGACCUCCCCACAAAGAUCAUCUCGAAAGACCAGGACAUGUCCUCCCUGUUGUUGAGUACGCCAUCGAGCGUGUACAGUGCCCCAGUAGUGGGGGGAGGGGCAAGCGUGUACGAUAGCCCCUUUGUGGGGGGCGGAGCAAACAUGUACGAUAAACCCCCUGUGGGGGCUGAAUAUACAUUUGAAAACGACCCUGUAAUGAACGAGGAAAUUGUACCACCCCCUGAGGAGCCUUUAGUUGUCAAAGAGAGGAUUUCGUCCUCUGAUAGCGAUUCACCUUUUGCCGAUAAAGAGAAACUUAUUGCUGUCGAGGAGACCCCUGCAAUUAGUCAAGACCCGCCCCCUGCAUUAGUAAUCAAUGAAGAGGUACCCCCUGUGAUGAUUGACGACGCCCCUGUUAUCAAUAACGAACCACCUCGUGUAGUGGACUCAGGUACAGAGCUAACCAUGCCCUCGGGAAGUAUCGAAACAACUCUCGAAGCUUUCAACACACCCAAACUGGACUCACCAGGAGAGUCACAUGAUCAAGUGGUACAGUCACAUGACCAGCCAGCGGCAGGGUCCUCCAAUGAGCAGCUGGAGGUCAAACGUCGCUCCAAACCAAGACAAAGGAGAAGGAAGAAGAAGAGUACAGGUGCUGUGAACAGCGAAUCGGAUAGAGAGAUGUCCGAGAGUGUGUCGUCUAUUGAGAGUGCCGGGGACCUGCUGGCUAUUGUUGCUAAGCAACAGGAAGAAAUUGUCAAGUUACGUAGGGAACAAGAGAUGUUCAGGAGUCAGCUUGAGGGUAAACUAGACACCAUGAUGAAUCAGCAGGCAGCCAAUGUUAAGGACCUUGUCAAGCAACAAGAUGCUCGCUUGGAUCGUGUGCUACGAGAGAAAUCGUCCUCUGAUAAGAUUCGUGCUGACAAACUAGCGCCCACGCUCAUCACAUCAAUCAGUGGAGCUAUCAAGAAUAAACUGGAUCAUAUGAUCAAGGCUGAGAUGAGGAACACCGUCCUACCUUCCCUCCAGCGCUCCAUGACCUCCAUUCAGAAUGACCUCUCCGCGAACAUGGCCCAGAGAAUGGAGGCUGCUCUUAGAGAUGGAGUCAAUCAGAUUCUACACAUUGGGGGUCUCUCUGAUGCGAUAGGCGGGGCAGUGGCCGGGUCCCUACAGAGGGUGGUGGUUGCUCGCUACGAGGAGGUGUUCAAGUCUGUCGUGAUCCCGGGGUUUGAAAAGGGUUGUCAGGAGAUGUUCCGACAGAUCGAUGAGGCUUUCAGAAGAGGAACAACAGAAUAUCUUGGCCAGUUGAGUGGUCACAAUCGCCAGCUGGUGGAGAUGACCCUCCAGCAAGUAACCCACACUGUUACCUCGUUAGCGGGUCAGGGGUCUCCCCUCAUCGCACAAGUACAGAGUGUCGUCAAGCAGGAGAUGGCUACCACCCAACAAAACAUACAGCAGAUGGUUGUGGAGAGUGUGGCAUCGUCUGUUUCCAAGGAAGUAGAGGCAGCCUUCAAAGAGUACUACCAGGCUAGCCCAGAGGUCAGGCAAGAAGAAGAGAGAAAACGAAAGGAGGAAGAAAUGACUCAAUUGGUCGGAGACCAACGGUUCAAUUCAGCAUUUGAGCUAGCACUGUCCACAUCUGAUCUCAAGCUGGUUAUGUACUUGUGUGGUCAGGUCAACGCCGACUUUGUGUUUGAGAAGACACCGUGUCCUCUCUCUCAACCUGUUCUGCUCUCCCUCAUUCAGCAACUCUCUGUGGAGCUACAGGACCAGCUCGAGCUCAAAAUCAAGUAUCUGGAGCACUCCCUGUUGGCCCUGGACGUAGGUAGUGAUGUCACUAGGAGUCACAUGACCCCCGUUGUCUCGCAGCUGUCACAGCAGUUAUCCUUGCUGGAGCAGACAUUCAUGUCCAACUCCUCGUUGGCCACACCCACCAUCACAAAACUCGUAAAACGGUUGAAAAUGAUGGCCCAACACUUGACUGCCCAGCAGUGAAUAUAACUGAACUCUGAACUCUCCAUUAUUAUGAACCUGAUGUAUUAUACACAUGUAUAAUCAUUAUAUUCUUGACUAGUUUUUGUAGCAUUGUAAUUUACCCUAUAAUUAUAUACAAGAUGUAGGUAUUACUCAUUGAA